AUUCACCUGUGUAAGUAAAUCAAUAGUGUACGAUAGAGUGCGGGACGUUGUCGAGAGCUAAAUUUAUAAACAUUAAAGCUGGCAUAGAGUGUCGACUUCUGGAGAUCGAUUUUCACCAACCACAUAUAUAUACGUUCUGCAGGUGUAUAGGAUUACACAGUGCUUACACAGUCCUAGUCAAAUUACGCCACCGGGGAAAAUAUAUACACAUGUGUGCGUGACCUCAGACAAAAACAUUGACUAGUGCGUUCGUAAAAAGCAUUGUGCCGACCGAGAUGUAUUUGUGACAUGUAAACAGAACUUGUGCUCAGGGAAUCACGGACCGUUUAUCUGAAGCUACAUCGAUACUGUCCUUGAAGCAGUGACGUCACAUCAAUUGCUCUUUAAAUUACCGAAUCUGCACAUUUAUAUUGAGGACGAUGAGCGAUGUGUAGAAUGAUUUGGUGAAGGAACGCUUUAUUUUACACAUAUACAAUUUCUGAACUUCAAGUAUGGCGGUGUUUGAAAACAUGUGUGCCUUGCUUCUGUUCUCUAUGGAGAGUUACCACGUGACUAGUCACAUCAUGGUAAUAACAAGAACUCGUCUCCUUCCGCGCAAAGAUCUAGUCCGCCUCCGAUUCUAUUUCCUUGUCGACCUGCUAACAGUAUUCUGCUCCUCAGUAUUAUUUCUACAACGACUUCAGUGGCUGGCGGGGAUACAGAUUCUACAACAUCUCUACUAUUUUGUUUUCUGGGAGAAAACGAAACCAGCGAAAAAGAUAAUCAGUUGGAGCUCCAUUGACUGGACCAAGAGUGAGUUCCAACAGGAAUGGCACUUCGACUCAAUCCUUGGUACCUUGUUCGACAUUGUAGUCCACCUCGCCUUGGCAGUACUUCUCGGGGGUUACUUGACCACUGUCCAGAUCAUCGUCUCCUUGUUGGUGGCCCACGGUGUCCUGUUUACGUUUAUAUGGAGUCAGAAAUUUGCUUGGAGCAAUCCGUGGUCUCCCCCACAGUGGGUCCAAAAGAGAGUCCAGCCCGUGACACUGGACAAAGCCCGCUGGUUUUAAUGGUCAAGUCUCUUAAACUGGACAAGACCAUGUCUUGGUGUGCAGUGGCUGUUUAAUGUAAUGUCUAUAGCUCUUUCUCUUAUUUAUAAUAAUUUAAGAAAAGUAUCUUCCUCCAAUCAUACGUUUUUAUGAAACUGAUAAUGUUUGAAAGAUAUCUGGUCCAAUAAAACGGAUUCAAUCAAAUCUUCAAGGGGAAGCUAAAGAAAGUGUUUCCCUCUAAUCAUAAUUUCUGGUUGUAAAUCAGAAAAUACAUAGCAUUGAUUUUGAUAUAAAAACAAUAUCAUUUUUCAUUAUCAAUUUUAUAAAUGAAAUACGAACAAUAAUCUAGCUGACUGAGUUAGAGAUGUUGAAAUAUGUUCCAAUAUUGAUAAAAAAAAAAUCUGCUGCUGAAAUCAAUUUUCACCAGACAAAACAAUAAUUAUGUGAUAUUAAUCCAUGAGGUGGACAAAUUACCAUAACGGUGACAAGAAUACGACAUAACAUUGUGUUUAAUAUAAGUCAAAAGCUGAGUACCUUACUGAUUUUUAUAAUAAGUAUUUAGAUGAAGCAUGAAUAACAUAAAAUCAAUCCAUGAAUUAUAAGUGCAGUCCUGGAAAUAUGUUAUCUGGUUUCUGGUAUCUGUUAACCAUAGGUGUUUUAACUCUGGGGUGGCCAAUAAUAUUCAGGGGUGCCUGAAAACUGCGUUUUGAACAUAACGUGACGUAUGGUAUACGUUAUGAUAUUAUAUAUAUUAAAUUUCAACAGUUGUAACAACCUUUUUAAAAUAUCUAUUAAAAGCAAGCUAUUUUUUUAUUUUUUUUUAAAUGAGUUCAACACACUCACACAAGUGAUUGAUUAAGCUAAUGAGAAAUCGUAGAUUGAAAAUGGUGUAAUGAUUUCCAAUGUUAAUUGAUAUAAUAUGGACUUACAUAGCGGUUAAAGAUGUGAGAUAGUGAUUCUUUACCUGAUUUCCUACCUCACAGUUUUUUAAUAAAUAGUGUAAAUUGCCUAAACUUGUCUACUAGUAUAUCGCCCAGAGUUUUGUGUUGAAAGUCGUUAUUCGAACUAGGGCAAUGUAAGAACAAAAGAUAACUUAAAUGGAAACCUACAAAAAAAACCCAAUGAAAAUAAGACUAGUGUUCUGGCAUGAUUAGGUCUUCUUUAUCAAUCAUUUUGUAUAAACUAGAAAAGACCCAUUGUUAUGCCUCCUUAUAAUUAUUAAACGUGGCUAUUGACAAUAGUCGUUUCUGAUAGGUUACACUUAUAUUAUUGUUAUAUGUAUUGAUUUCUUACUAGCUAGAAAUGUUUAUUGCAAGUAUUAAAAUCUAUUGUUCUUUAAAUUAGAAGCUCCUUAUAUGGUACUAUGACACAAAUGUGAAACCGGUGCGCCCAGUCAGUUAGGAGAGCAAUAAAAAUAAUUCGUGAUUUGACCAAAUUAUUUGGGUCGCUCUUAAUUUGUUGAUUGUAUAUAUACUAAUGGUGAAAGUGUGUAGUACUCUGUUUGGUGUGCUUAAACUGACAAAUGAAUCAUAAUUGCAUUCCAUAAUCUGAAAAAAGAGAAAUUUUGUCGGUAUUUAGUCAAUAACAAAUCCCUCUAUUCAAUGUUUUACUGUCUAGUUCAUGUAUUUGUUGAAUUUCGACAUCUAUGUAUUUGAAUUAGAAAUGAAAUUCCCUUCUUAAAGCAAAGGGACCAGAGCAUUUUGAUAAUGAUAACAAAGAAAUACUAUUAUUGGUGUCAAAAUAUUUUGUCUUGCCCAUGUUAUCUUCUAAGUCUUUGUAUGCGUUCUGUCAUGCAAAGCACAAAUCUCUGGAGACCAGAUAUCUGAUUUUUUUAUCUAAAAAAAGGAAUAUUUCGUGAUGGUUUUUCCUGUGCAUUUUUUAUUAUUUAGUCUACUUUUUUUAUAUUUUGUUCAACAAAUCUCAAUUUUUGAUUGAUGCGAUAAUAGAUCUGUGGCAAUUUAUGAUGAUCUUUUUUUACAAACGUGUACCUUUAUGUACCUAUAAGUACGAGUUUAAUGUUUAAUCAAAGUUUUUUGACCCAGUUAGAAGAUAUAUCCUGAUACAGUGAUCUGACAUUGUUGCUAACUCUGUAUCAUCAACAUUACAUUACAUUACGUUGAUGCUAUUUUUAUUUGAUCUGUGUUGUAAGCGCGACCUGGGUUGAAUUAAAAACAAUUAUUCUAAACGUGUAGCUGAUAGAUAAAUGUACCACUCACCUGUGAUUGUACCUUUAAAGACAGUACAUGGUUUGUUGUAAAUAGGUACAAAAUGAAUUACUUUGCGUCAUACAGCUGUUUCCCUCCUUCAUGGUCUCACCGGUGACAACCAUCCUUCUUAAUUUCUUGACCCCCAAAAGACGGUUUGUGUGUAUUAAUUGAGUUUUGGUGGUCGGGUGGUGCAGUGGAUAGCGCACUUGCUUUUCACCAAGCCGGCCGGGGUUCGAUUCCCCGAUCUGACGUGAAAAGGUUGCGGGUCACCUGCCUGAAUACGUGGGUUUUCUCCAGGUACUCCGAUUUCCUCCCACACUAAGACCCCCCGCGCGCUAACAUCCGGGCCAACAAGAGUGAUUAAUAUAAGUUAAAAUAACUUGUUUCAUAAUUGUUGUAAAAUAAAUAAAGUUUAUUAUAAUUGAGUUUGAACGUUGAGACGGAUUUAAGAUUACGGGCCAAGUUCUAUGACAAUAUGAUACAUUGUAAGCUACUCAAUGUAUGUUUAUACUUACUUGCUAACGGCAUGGAUUGAAGCUAGUCAUGAUAUAAUAACAUUGAUACCUCGUUAGUGUAGACCUCCAUAUCGGGACAUCUCUAUUUCCGGACAAAACUGAUUUACUAAUAUAUAAAUUUCAUUAUUGUGGAGUUCACAGGAAACUGAUAUGAUGCCCGUUAACAGGAAGGAAACACUACUGAUAUAUCACCGAGUUGUAGUCAGGGAACCAGCAGUGUUGUAUACACUGUUUUAUUGAAAAUGUGUUUUAUUGAUUGUGAUUAUUUAAACGAAUAACAUGUAUCCGCAUUCUGUUACCCUAUUCUUAUUUUUAUAAAAAGUAAUAAUGUGUUCGUGUCCAAACUAUUUAAAUAAAUUUACUUUAUACCUCUCCCUGUUCGUUGUAAACACAACAUUAUCUUAAUCUGAUAUGAAAUUUAAAAAAAAAAA